GGGAACUAAUACGGGAUGCUUUGGCGUUUAGCAGGAAAACAAUACGUCAAUAACACUUCACGGUCGCAGCAGUAAUUCAGUUUGAACUCGGUGGUGCAUAUUAACAGCCGCCUAAUACGAAUAUAACAGCACUUUCAACUCUCAACAAAUAACGACUAUGGGAUAUUGGUUAGAGCUAUUGGAUUGGAUAUUAAGAGAUCCUGGAAAACUAAUACGCUAUUUAGUCCUUUUUGUGUGCUCAGUUAUUGUGAUUGUUCAGUUGUCGGAAUGCUUUACUAAACUGAAUAGUCCACCGAUAUCAACUCACUCAUACUUUAGUCUGAACGACACUGUAGAAAUGCCAGCUGUCACCAUAUGCCGCGAGCCACCAUACAAAGAAGAUGUACUAAAUAGUAUGUCGGGUGGUAUAUGCCCGCAUCCAAAAUAUAUAACUUGCUGGAAUAACUUCCCUUUCAACGACUUAGAACUAGAUGAUUUCUUUAUGAAUUCAACCUUUGAUUUAGAAGAAACCAUAUUAGGUGAACAAUAUGGACUUGAUGGAUUAACAAAGAAUUUAGAAAUAAAAACCAGCUUACACUUCUACAUGGGCCGCUGUUACACUUUGAAUCCUAAAAUAGAGUUAAAACGUACAACUCGUACUUCUGGUUAUUCUCUAAUGCUUACUCAUCACAUUAUACCGGGCUCAAGUAUGGAAAUGAUGUUGGAAAAAAAUCCAGGAUGGCAUGUUUAUAUACAUGAUCAUCGUCAUGAGUUCACAGAACUCAAUGUCAAAGGGGCAGCACGUUCAGAAUAUAUUUUCGCUGAAAUUGACGAAGAAAUUGAAAUAAAACUCCAAAGUCAACAAUUCAGAAAUAUUGAAUCCAAAGAAACGCCUUGUUCAGCCACACUAAGCUAUAGUGACAUGAAGUGCGCAGAGUUAUGUGUUUUCGAUGACUUGGCUACAAAAACCAAUUGCACUGGUCCUUGGAUGACCGGUAUAUUGCAGCAACCAUGCGAUAACAGCAAGUCAAUGCGUGCCUUAAUAAAGGAUUACGGGAUCUACUAUGAAAGUGACGACGACAUUGAAUGCGAUUGCAAACGUCCUUGUAACGCGCGUAUUUAUUCGACAUUUAUACAAAGCAGAAAACAACUUAAUUCAGGUCAGCAAUAUACCCAAGUAUGGAUUUACUAUUCCACAAAACUGGUUUCGCAGAUGGUGGAAGAACGUCUGAGUUAUGACACAACACAAUUUAUAGCUGACAUUGGUGGCUCAUUGGGUUUUCUGCUAGGUCUCUCUGUUCUAGGAUUAAUCGGCAUAUUGGAACAUCUUACCUUAUUUUUCUGCGGAGGAUUAAUAAAAAAACAAUUAAAACACGAGAAGCAGUUACAAGACGACGCAGAACGUCAAUCCCAAAAAAGUGAUGCAACUGAUAUAACAGGUACAACUCUUGAUAUAGCCACAAUAUCCAGAGAGAAGAAAACAUAUAUGGACGAAGAAACUCUUGCUUGACUUAUUUUCAUUUAUUAUUUUUUAUUAAGUAGUAUAAGUAGUAUUUAAUCACUUUAUACCGUUUAAUAAGUAAAACUGUUCCUUGUAUGUGGUAUCCCGCAUUGAGUAAACUUAGCAGCACUUAAAUUUUUAUCAAAUUUACAUCCAUUUCUCCGCCUCUCUAAUAAAGCGUCGUAAACAAAUAGAA